UGCAUAGAGGUAUCCCGCGUUAACCUCCAGUAAGCCCUGAGGGAGGACAGAUAGGUAUAGUUGAGGAAUAAUUGAGGAAGAGUUGAAUUGCAGAGGAAGACCUUUUUGAGUGGCUUCACUUCUGACACUUUUGACAGGAGACUCUUCUACUCUCUCUUUUUUCACUCUCUCUUCUACUGUUCUGUUCUCUUCUGACAGACUCUCUUAGUCCCUUUCUCCCUCACUCUCUAUCCUGCUCUCUCUUUUGUCUUAAGAGAACUGUGGCUUCACUAUAGGACUCUGUCUCUCUCCAGUGUUUUGUUGCUGUGGUCUCAGUUUGUCUGUUUAGACAACAAACAGGACUCUUCUCCACCUAACAGUGAUCUGCUGUUUGAUCUAUGUGAAGGUUGGUGUUGCUAAGCCAGGUGAUGAGGAUGUCUGAGAGGAACAUGGCAAAUCCAUAUAGCUCUUUCAUCAGUCAGCAGUCCCUCUGGAUCUACCUGACCACCAGCCACACCACCAGACUACCUGUUCCCUAGUAACACACUGUAACAGACUGUAGAGACAACAUGGACACAGCUCUGAUGUUUACUCUUAAGGUGCGACAGUCUCUGGCCAUGUCAGCAUCACCAGCCAGGACCUUCUCACCACAGACACAGCCAACGGCACAGACACAGAUACAGAAACAGACACAACCACAGACACUAACACACCAGUCCUCCUCAGACUGUGCUCCAGAGUCUUCUCAUGAUGACGACAGCUCCACAGAGAGCAGUGAGGAUGUCUGUCUGCCAGGACCUCUAAGCCUGGAGCUGUCGAAACUGGAACUAGACAACCAGGACACACCCCAGCAGGACAGGGAGGCAGGUUGUGAAUAUAACAGUACUGGAGCCCCUGGGAUAGAGGGAGAUCUAGCUGUUAGUACUGGAGGUCCAGGAGGGCCAGCAGAGUCUGGUUUUGAUGUCUCCCCCCCUGACCCACUAGACCUAGACGAGAUCGUCUGUCCCGCGGGUCUAAUCAGUGAGCCAAGCAGUGUCACAUCACCAUCGCCUGAUGAUGCCAAUAACAAUGGAUUGGAUUUACACAGCAGUUCUCCAGGAGCAGCUGAGGACCACUGCCUAGCCUCCAAUGUUCCUUCUCCUAGGAUAGAGGGAGAUGUGGAUGUUCUUGCUCCUAGGAUAGAGGAAAACCUGGAAGUUGAGGACAGUAACAGACGUGUAGAAUCAGGACAUACCCUGGAUGCUAACCUCUCUGGUCAGCUAGAGAACAUGGAGCUGGGGCAUACCUCACCCAGGCAGACAGAGACAGACAUGGAGCUGGGCCAUACCUCACCCAGGCAGACAGAGACAGACAUGGAGCUGGGGCAUACCUCACCCAGGCAGACGGAGACAGACGGGGAGCUAGAGGAGGAGUCACCCAGGUGGACAGAGGCAGACAGCCAGCCUGAGGACUACUCAGAGGGACCUGUGGAGAACAGACAAGUCCCUACUGAUCUGGAACACACAGAAGACAACCAUGUCUCCGUCCCUCUAGUCCCAACAGAGAAUGGACAUAUCCCUACCCUUCUGGUCCAAUCAGAGACAGAGGUCAGCCACGUCACUAUCUCUGUGGUCCAAUCAGAGGAUUUUAGCUCCAACCCUUCUCUAGUGGUCAGUGUAGACAACAACAUGGAUCCCUUCACACAUCCCUCCCUUACCCUGGCCCUAUUUGAGGCCCCCUUGGCAGGGCUAGGCCUCUGCGAUCACCCCUGCAUCAUCAAACACAAACCUAGCUCCAUCACCUUCUCAGGCUUCACCUGUAGUCCCUCCACCUGCCACUCUACCACCGACCACAGCGUCUUCAUCAAAAACAGCUCUGACUGCAGGGAGUCUUCCUCAGAGAAGGAUGAUGAAGGUGAUGAUGAAGAUGGGGAUGAUGAGGACACAUUCCCAGAGCUGCUUCAGAGCAGGGAGUUCCUGGUCAGUCGGAGGAGAAGGAGCAGCAGCAGAGACAAAGUAGUUAAGGAGAGAGGAUCUAUAAGUCCCCAUGCGGAGGCACCAGUCAGCUCUACAACCAACUCUACAGCCAGCUCCCAUCUCUCCUCCUCCUCCAAAAACCAGAACCACAGCGGCUGCGAGGCAGAGACUGAGACCAGCAGCACAGAGGAGUCUCCCCUGGUCCAGCCUCAGACCCCGUGGUGUGAGUCUAUGAGCCAGCUGAUGAGGAAACUGGACCAGCUCAACCUGGACAUAGAGGAGGCUCUGAGUCCAUCAUCCUCCCCCUCGGACACACCCUGCACCGCACGCAGACAACAGUAUGGAGCUGUGUCUGGGACGGCAGUAAACCAAUCUCUUAACGAGGAGGACAGUACACUGCUGCAGCGAGGGGAACCAGAUACAGAAGAAUGUCUCAGACAGGACCAACACAAGACCUUGGCCACUAGUAGCUCAGCCGAAGGAACCAGAGCCAGGACCAAGAAGACAGUCAUGUGCAGUAAGAUGACCAAUGCAGGUGCAGAACUCGAGGCGAAGGAGGCGUGUGAUUGGCUACGAGCGGCAGGAUUCCCCCAAUACGCUCAGCUCUUUGAAGACUCUCAGUUCCCCAUCGACAUCUCUCCUGUGAAGAAAGACCAUGACUUUCUGGACAAUGACCUGGUGGAACCUCUCUACAGACGACUCAACACCUUGAACAAGUGUGCCUCUAUGAAACUAGAUGUCAACCUUCCUAAGAAAAAGAGUGAAGACUCUGAUGAGGAGGACCUGCUUGCCAUCAGUGACAGAUGGACGUUUGAGUGGACGAGCCGCCGCUGGUCCAGACUAAAGGGGGAGGGGCGGAGUCCCAGGGAGGGGGAGGGCCGGGGCCUGCGGAACACUACCAGUAGCGAGAGUGUUCUAACUGACCUCAGCGAACCAGAGGUCUCAUCUCUCCACAGUGAGAGCAGCGGGGGGAGUGGCCACCAGGCUGUGAGCACAGAGGACUCAGACUGCUCUAACCGGAACUACUCUGACUCUGCAGCCAUGCCUGAACCUGACUCCAACUCCCUUACCCUGCCACACCUCCCUAAGCACCUCCCCUAUUACGGUUCGUUGCCCACCAAAAACAACCGUGCCGGACGGACCCGAGCCAAGGACUUCCUGCGCCACAUGGAGACGCUACGUUCCCGGGGCACGUUGGAUAGGGGGAGGAGCAAGAUGCUGGUUAUCAGCGCUCCGGUACUGCAGAUGGAGCCGCAGGCCCUGAAGAUGAUGCAUUGUGUGGAGAUCACCAAUGGGGACGGGUGUAGGGCGGAGGUACCCACUGGGGGACCAAUCCUAGGGCUAACCCCCCAGUGCCCCUCCAGUAGCGAGGGCAGCCACUCCAGCGGCAGCACCGUCUCCUCCCCCAGUCUGAAGGAGAGGAAGCCCCACUCCCAGCGGACGGACCGGUCUGACGCCAAGCGCAGUGGCAUGUAUCUGGAGGACUUGGCCGUGUUCUCCAGCCUGCAGCGGAACAGUGGCGUGGCCGAACACAACCGGCAUAACGAGUUCCGCUCCUACGAGGACCUGGUGGUCCACAUACCCAAAGACCACAAGCCUGGCACCUUUCCCAAGGCCCUGUCCAUAGAGAGCCUCUCCCCCACCCUGAGGGCCUCCGUCCCCUGGCACAGUGGCAGCCUCAAUCCCCUGGAGCCCCAGUCCAACCCCAACCCCCGACCUAACUCUAACCCCAGGGAGUUCCACCCCCGCCCCGCCACCCAGUUCUGCCCACGGGGCAGUAGGAUCAGUGUGUACGACAAUGUCCCUGGGUCUCACCUCUAUGCCUCUACUGGAGACCUGUUGGACAUGGAGAAGGAAGACCUAUUCCCCCACCUGGAUGACAUCUUGCAGCACGUCAACGGCCUGCAACAGAUAGUGGACCGCUGGUCCAAGAACAUUCUGCCCUCUGCAGGCCUGGACGGACAGGGGAUCCAGCCUGCAGGUAUGCAGUCUUCCAGCCAGAUCACGCUGGACUUUGAGGGAACGUCUGUUCUGGAGAGACAGAGCACAGCCAGUGACAGGGACAGAGACCGUGUGUCACUCAUUGAGACUCACUGUACAGGACACAGAGAGAGGAGGGACUCAGGAGUGGGAGCAUCGCUAACCAGACCCAACCGUCUGCGAUGGCCCAGCUUCCAGAUGUCCAACCGGCUCAGCCACUCAGUGGCCUCGCUCCAGAUCACCAACCAAUCAGCAGGCCAGCUCAGCCUGCUGCAGAAGUUCUCUCUCCUCCGCCUCACUGCCAUCAUGGAGAAAUACUCCAUGUCCAACAAACACGGAUGGACCUGGUCAGUUCCGAAGUUCAUGAAGAGGAUGAAGGUUCCUGACUACAAGGACAAGAACGUCUUUGGUGUUCCUCUGAUUGUUCACGUCCAGCGCUCUGGUCAGCCCCUCCCCCUCAGCCUGCAGCAGGCCCUUCGAUACCUCAGGAGCCAGUGUCUAGACCAGGUGGGUCUGUUCCGUAAGUCUGGUGUGAAGUCUCGUAUCCAGGCGCUGAGACAGAUGAAUGAGUCGUCUCCUGAUGAUGUCAGCUACGAGGACCAGUCAGCGUACGACGUAGCAGACAUGGUUAAACAGUUCUUCAGAGACCUGCCUGAACCUCUACUGACCAGCAAGCUGGGAGAGACCUUCCUACACAUCUACCAGUAUGUUCCUAAGGACCAGCGGUUGCAGGCUGUGCAGGCGGCCAUCAUGCUGAUGUCAGACGAGAACAGGGAGGUGCUCCAGAUGUUGCUCUGCUUCCUGUCUGAUGUCACUUCCUCUGUGGAGGAGAACCAGAUGACUCCCAUGAACAUCGCUGUGUGUUUGGCCCCAUCCCUGUUCCACCUCAACAUCCUGAAGAAGGACAACCUCUCCCCCAGGGCCAUGCAGAGGAAGUACACGACAGGCCGGCCCGACCAGAAGGACCUGAAUGAGAACCUUUCCGCGACGCAGGGACUCGCCCACAUGAUCAUAGAGUGCAACCGACUGUUUGAGAUUCCUCACGAGAUGGUGACUCAGUCCAGGAACUCGUACGCGGAGGCGGACCUUCACGCUCCCACCUUAGAGGAGCUCUGUAGACAGCAGGAGGAGGACGAUGCGUCCUACCAGGCAGAGGCCAGACCCUGCCAGACACACUCCGAGACCAGACCGCAGAACCUGUACCAGAGCUACGUAGAGAGCAGGCUGCAGGAGCUCCUGAAGGAGGCCAGAGAGAAGGCUAAGGGCUGGGUGUCCUGCACCAGCUCAGACAACACUGAGCUCUACUGUAAGAAGGUGGGUGAUGGGAACCCUUUGCGGCGGUGGCGUGUGGCGGUAGAGGUGGAGGCCCCUCCCUCGGUGGUGUUGAACCGCGUGCUGCGAGAGCGCCACCUGUGGGACGUGGACCUGCUGCAGUGGAAGGUAGCUGAGACUCUGGACAGACACGCUGAGGUGUUCCACUAUGUCCUCAACCGCAUGCCACCACACCCCAGCAGAGACUUCCUGGUCCUACGGUCAUGGAGGACUGAACUUCCCAAGGGGACGUGUGCAUUGGUGUGUGUGUCUGUAGAACAUGAGGACUGUCCCCGGGUCGGUGGGGUAAGGGCCGUGGUUCUAGAGUCUAACUACCUUCUAGAGCCCUGCGGCUCUGGGAAAUCCAGACUCACUCACAUCUGCAGGGUGGACUUCAAAGGGCGGAGUCCAGAGUGGUACAACAAGGCCUUUGGUCACCUCUGUGCUGCUGAAGCAGCUCGCAUUCGCAACUCCUUCCAACCAAUCAGCACAGAGGGGCCAGAGACCAAGAUCUGACACUAGAGUCUUCCAUCCAUAGAGCUAGACCCACACAUACCUGGAGGGAACUAGACCCAACCUGGCCUGGCCUGGCCUAGAGCUUGUGUAACCGAGUUGGAUUUGUAACCUCACUCCCCAGCCUGAAAUGUCUCCACCCUCACUAUCGAACUGCUAACUUUUCGGUAGCAUAGUUGGCUAAGACGUUGUCAAGAUGCUAGUCACCUGUGUUUGCUAGAUAGAGGAUGCAAGAUCAAGGACCAGUAAGGAUAUGUGAGUGAGGAAGCUAUACCGAGGAAGCACAGUGAUGUCUGUUACACUAGACCGAAUGAUGUCUGGAGCUCCAGUAGGUGCUAGAGGAGGACUGAGAGGAGGAGUAUAUAUUCAUAGUGUCCUGAAGCCAAUAGGCAAAGCUGAAGCACUAAACCAGCGGAUGGCCGCCCUUUCGCCUCUGACCACCGAACAUCGAUCAUCAUUUUCUAUUUAUUUCCCGACGUGUAGAAUCGCCGCCGUUUGUCCACCCCCGGCAGGUGUGUGCAGCCAACGUUCAUGUUGGUCUGUCUUGAAAUGUGAUGCCAGAACAUAGGGACUAAAGAGAGUAUGGAGCUUUCUGGACUGUCUACACAAUGACACAACAUGAGCUCCUUAGGUGCUGGACGUUAUUAAGACGUUAUUAUGAUGUUAUUAUGACAUGUAUUAUUAUUAUUAUUAUUAUUUGUAUUAUUAUGACCGAAAGGGGAACAGAACGAUCCAUCCAAUGUCCAUUAGUAUUCAGUAUUAGAGUUAUGUCUAGGACAUUUAAGCUCUUUAAAGCUUCUGGAAAGCUAUAUAUUAUUUUAUUAAUGUAAAAUGUCAUGCUUUAUGUUAGAUAUGCUGUAUGUGCACGCAUGUGUCUGUAUAUAUAUGUGUGUGUGUGUGAAAACAUACAUACAAGUAUACUAGCUGUAUAUACUGUAUAAUUGAAAGGCUUAAUGCUACAGCCUGCAUUGUGUCAUAGUUAUUAUAAUUCAUUUGGUACUAAUCUGUAAACUGGUUUUACUGGGCUUCAACAGUGCUGUGUGUUUCUGAAUGGGUGUAAUGUUAUUCUAUAUGACCUUAUUGUUUAAGGUUGAAAACAUGUCUGCGUCCCAAAUGGCACCCUAUUUCCUAUAUAUUGCACCACUUUUAACCAGAACCUCCAUAGGGCUCUGGUCAAACGUAGUGCUCUAGAUAGGGAAUACGGUGCCAUUUGGGAUGGAGCCCAUGUGACUCAGGUUUGAUCUCCAGACCUGCUGUUGAGAGCUGGCUGGACUGAGCUUCAGUUUAGUUCCAGAGACAAGACUUUUUAAUUAAACAAUGUAAAAAAAACAUUCAAUGUUUAUAUUGCCUAUUUUUACACAGACAAAUGCAAUUAGAAUGGAUUAGAAUAGAAACUUAAUUGCUCUAAGGGAAUUUGCUUAAUUGAAAGUCGCUCUCUCUUCACUCCAUUUGCAGUGUUUAUUUGUAUGUUGUAUGUUCCGCUAGUCAACACCUCACCUCACGUGGUGUGUUCUCUACUCCACGUCCCAAAUGGCACCCUAUUCCCUACAUAGUGCACUACUUUUGACCAAAGCCCUGGUUUAAAGCUGUGUACUAUAUAGGGAAUAGGGUGCCAUUCGGGACGCAUUAUAUGACUUUACUCUAUACCACCUUGCAUCCCAGUGCUGGCUUCACUCUGAAGCUAAGCAGGGUCGAUCCUGGUCGGUCCAUGGAUGGGAGACCAGAUGCUGCUGGAAGUUGUGUUGCGGGGCUGGGCAAUAUGAUUGGGGACUUUGCCCUGUGUAGGGUUCUGUCUUUUGGAUGGGACGUUAAACAGGUGCCCUGACUCUCUGUGGUCACUAAAGAUCCAUGGCACUUAUCGUAAGAGUUAACCCUGGUGUCCUGGCUAAACUCUUAGUUAGACAAGGGCAAGUUAGAGCUAUAUUAGCCAUAGAAUAGUUAUAGCACUGGUCUCCUAAUAGCAGCAGGCUAGGCAGUGGGUUGGUGUCCAGAGUCACGUGCUACACAUACAGGACAGAAUUGGACUAGAGUCCUUAUUUCUGUCAAGAACACAAUGACCAGGGGAGGUGUGGGAACACAUAGCAGUGUCGCGCCCUGAUCUGUUUCACCUGUCCCUUUGAUUGUCUCCACCCCCUCCAGGUGUCGCUUAUUUUCCCCUGUGUUCCUGGCUCUCUGUGCCAGUUCGUCUUGUAUGUUUCCAAGUCAACCAGCGUUU